CAGGCUGCUUCAUCACCUCCGUGGACGCAGACUCCGGAUCCUCUCCGUCUCCCUCCCUCCCUCCCUCCCUCGGUUCCUCACAGCAUGACAUUUGAGGGAUACUUCUGCAGCAGAGAGCAGCUUUGCUUCUACCUGAGAACAUGAAUGAGAUCAAGAUUGCCGUGCUGGGCAGCGACGGUGUUGGGAAAUCAGCUCUCAUCGUCCGUUUCCUCACCAGGCGCUUUAUUGGCGAGUACGCGUCUUCUUCAGAACACAUAUACAGGAGGCGCCUGUCUGUGGAUGGGAGGCAGAUUAACCUUGAACUCUAUGACCCAUGCUCUCAGGCUUGUGAGGGUAAGUCUGCUUUAAACGAGCAGAUCCACUGGGCCGACGGUUUCAUUCUAGUCUACGACAUCAGCGACCGCUCCUCCUUCCUCACUGCCAAGGCCUUAGUGCAUCUAAUCAGAGAGCUGCGCCUGGGAUCUGCCAAAAGGGACGCCGACUCGCUCAUAUUCUUGGUGGGCAACAAGCAGGACCUGUGCCACAUGAGGGAGGUGCAGCGCGAAGAGGGUCAGCGCCUGGCCGCCGAGUUUCGCUGCCAGUUCUACGAGCUGUCGGUGGCGGAGCACUACCAGGAGGUGGCGCUCAUAUUCUCCAAGGUGGUGCAGAGCGCCAGCCUGAGCAGCAAAGCCAAGGAUCGCAGGAGACGCCCCAGCGGCUCCAAGUCCAUGGCCAAGCUCAUCAACAACGUCUUCGGCAAGAGGAGGAAAUCGGUGUGACGUGUUACGGAUGCAAGGACGGCUGUCAAUCAGGGCUGGACCAAUGGCCUCGGAGCCUCUAGCUCAGCUUUGUAUCUAUGAUUCUGUUCUGUGUUGCUGUUGAUUAGCAUUGAACUGACAUAUAUAUACGUGUGUAGACAGAUGUUAUACGGUAGUACAAUACUCUCUGAGCCUGCUUCCUGCCUCCAGCUCAUGCUUUAGCUCUUUAAAAUCAUUGGACGUCUUUCAGACGGGACAUGUCCUGAAUCAUUUCAGCCAAAGCUGCCAACUUUUAAGAUAAAAAGCUGGUGACAUUUUAAUCCGAGAAAAACAAAUGAAGUCUACGCCACGCUGCAUGACUUCAGCUAUGUAAUCUGAUAUGGGAUCAGCCUUUUCAGUGUGUACUGUCACUGUGUCUUUUUAACUCUGAGAUAAAUGCAAAGACUAAAGGAGGAAACACAUGUAUACAAUUAUAUCACUGCAUUUUAUGUAGAAUGGAAAUAACUUGUACAGAACGUGCUGUUCUAGUCGACUCAGAGGUUAAGAAAAACAGGACUAAGACGUUUUUUAACAAACUGAAAUGUACAGAGAUCAACUACGACAAAAUGUUGUUUCUCGUGGACGCAAAGGACUCAAGACGCAAACGCCGCACAAUCUUACGGGGACCAGAGUGAGAGCUCUUACUUUAGCAGCAACGACUUGGAUCUAAACCAGGUUCCAGUUUAUUUUCUGCUCUUGUAGCAAACUUGGUGGAACUUCAGCAGAACGGUCUUUAAAUUAGCACGAAUGACGUCGCCUUUCGAUGGGUGUGCUGUUUGUCGAUGGCCGAUGCUGCCGGUGCUCGAGUCAGUGGCUUGACUUUAAAGACAGGA